GGUCAAGGCCGACAGGCUCACUGUGUCUGGUGGGAAGGGCAGUAAUAAAUCGAAGGAAAAGGCCAAGGGGACGGAGAUGGGGGAAAACGGGGUUGAAGAUGAGGUGGAGAACGAAGACUAAGAAGCGGAUGAUGAUAACAAAGACAAGAUCUAAUCGUUCUGCUCUCUUUACAGACCCUGGUUCCCGGGUCUACUGGUUUACGACUCUUUUUUGUUGCCUGCCGGAAAACCAGAUUUUAUGGAAAUCCGGGGGUCGAUACUGCAGUGGUAGAUCUUGGAUCGUAACGCAAGAACUUAUUGUUCGAGUGUGAACUUCGUUUCCAAUCUUCCUCUCCUAUCAUCUUCCUCCUUGUUUCAUCCAUUGAAUCCUGGUAUUUCGGCUUCGAACUCGC